CUAAACAGAGUAUCCCAAAGUCACAAGAUACCUGCGCCGUCGGCGAGCAUGGAAAUGAAAUUGCCAGCGCGGCGAUCAGGUUUGGGGUCGAACGUUCCCCAGGAUAUCGAUCUCCCUGGCGCCGUGCCAUUGGUUGCGCCCUCGAGAGCUUCGACUCGCCGGGGCCCGCGGCGCGUCCACAAGUGCCAAGUCUGUCACAAGGAAUUUUCGCGGCCGAACGCAUUGAGGACUCACAUGAACGGACACAAUAAACUGCGACCGUUUCCGUGCGGAUAUCCCCACUGCCAUAGGACAUUCAGUGUUCGCUCGAAUGCUCGGAGGCAUUUCAAGACACACAAGAAAGGUGCCUCACUCGAGGUUGUCGAGGACGCGCCGGUCCCUUCGUCGAAGACGCAGACGACACCAGUCACAUCACAGGCCCAUUCAUCCUCUGAGUUGACUUUGACUUUUCCAUAUUCUGUAAAUCCAUCCGGCCCAGCCCAGUCCACCAGAGAAACCAGCCUCAAAUUUCAAGAUUAG